CUUCUUCUUUCUCUGAUUUUGCUUUGCUUGCUUGUCCAGAAAGUCGCCGAGAAAGUUAAAAACUAGAACGGCGGAGGAAAAAAAAUCGAAGAGGAGAAAUGGAUUCGGAGAAGAAGAUAGCUCAUGAGAUCGGAGGUAUGAAGAACGAUGCUCUUCGCUUCGGACUUCACGGUGUUAAGAGCGAUAUCAUUGGAUCUCACCCUCUCGAAUCUGCCUACGAAUCUGGAAAGAAAACACAAGAAGAAAUGAAGAGGAAAGUGAUUACGCAUACUUAUGGAGCUGCUCUUCCUUUGAAGAUGGAUCUUGAUAGGCAAAUCCUUUCCAGGUUUCAGAGACCUCCUGGACCAAUUCCGUCGUCAAUGCUUGGCCUUGAAGUCUACACAGGAGCUAUAGAUGACUUUGGUUUUGAGGAUUACUUGAAUGAUCCUCGUGAAUCCGAGACGCUCAAACCAGUAGACUUUCACCACGGGAUGGAAGUUCGGCUUGGUCUCUCCAAAGGCCCAGUUCCCCCAAGUUUCAUGUAGGGUCAAAACAAUCUUUAGUCUCACCAUCAAAGUAUUUCCAUCUUCAGGUCUCAUAUGCUUUAAAAUCCUCAAUCUGAGUAAGAUCAUGUUAUGAAUUUCCACCCGUCUUAAAAGAAUCUACUUGUUUGAACUUUUCUCUAUUCUGCAUCUCCUUGCUCUGAACAUGAUGAAAUGUGUUUCAGUUCUCAUCUCUCUCAAUUUACAUUUGGAGUUACUUAGUUAGAUUUGAAUAAGGACUUACCUAAAAC